CUGAGCAGAGCAUGUCAGAGCUAGAGAGUGCCAUGAUCGCCAUCAUCCAUGUGUUCCAUAAAUACUCGGGCUUUAAGUGCAAGCUGAAGAAGGCAGAGCUCAAAGAUCUUAUCAAUAAUGAGAUGAGUCACUUCAUAAUUAAUAUCCAAAAGAAAGAGACUCUGGAUGAGCUGUUUGCAGACCUGGACCAGAACGGAGACCUGGAGAUCGACUUCCAAGAGUUUAUCGCUCUGAUCGCCAUGAUGACGUCAACGUGCCAUGAUCUCUUCAGCACGGAUCACCACCAUUAGUGACACAAUGUAAAGUGGAAGACUUGAGCGAGUGUCUGUGUGUGACCAGCAAAACACACAUACAUACUGUGUAAUCCUCUCAUAUAAAGAUGAUGUAAUGAUGAUAAAGCUACUUUGUUUACAUUAUAUUGAUUUUAUUAUGGUAUAAUAAUUGUGUUUAUAAAAAUCAAACAAAUCAAUGACAACAAUACAUAGAUGCUUACAUAAACAUCUGUAUCGUGAAAAUAGUAAAAGAAAACAUUGAGUCCACUUGAA